AUCUGAUCCCAAGAGUUUAAUUUUACCUUUUCACUUCAAAUAAAAGCAAUAUGUUUUUCCUCUACAUUUAUAAAAACAUUAAUGUCGCAAAUCUUAAAAAAAAUAAAAUAAACACAAAAACCUUAAAUAUUCAACAUGUUGAAUUUGACCUCAAUUCAGAAAAACAAAGUACUCAUGGCAACAGUUAAAGUGGUUCAGUACUUCAGUUAAUCAUUAAGUCAGAUGCCCUCAGGGUCAUUGCUCUGAAAGUCUCAAACAACCUCUAACAAAAACAGCCAAAAAGAUACUUUUCCACCUUUAUUCCAGUAAAGUAAGGAUGAUAUGCACUCACAAUAUAUACACACACAAUAUCUAUAUACAGCAAAGAAACAACAUGCUUAGAACAAGAGACAGUUUCUGACAUCAAAUAAAUGUAUUUUGAUAUUUAAAUAUUAUGGUUCUUAAAGUCUUUAAUUUCAGCUCUAGUGACAUAUGUGCUGUAUUUUUGAAAGGUCGUUCUAUUGAAGAGAUUGUGCUAAUGUCAUUUGUCAAGCCAGUUUUGGAAAUGUUAAAGGGACACCCUUUUGGCUGUACAGGCCCAGUGCAACAGCUUCCCUGGCUCUGACCCAGUCUGUUGUACAUAAUUUUUCUUUCAGUUUUCGCAGUCAGGUCUAAUGUACUCUUUUCACCUUUGCUGUUACACACUGGUAAAAGAAUAUGUUCGGUUUUGUGUUGUCAGAUGAAGAAGGAUCAGGUCCAUUGGCAGUCAUCAUUAUCCCAAGCUUGCUGGCUCUCAGCACCCUGAACGUUGUGUCUCAGAUAAAAUGGAACUUUAUUGCUAAAGCUCCUCAGCUAAAGAUCAUCAGCUCAGAUUAUCCCAGGUUCACCUUUAAAUGUAAACGAAGGGGACCCUGUGCCUUUGGACACAGGCUUUGGGACCCUGCGGCCUGCACAGGAUGCUCUGGGUCCAUUGGAGAUACCAGCUCAGUGCAGCCUGGAGGGGGUGGAGCCGCUCCAGAUGGGAGUCUUCUAAGAAUUUACCACAAUAUUCUAAGAAUUUACCACAAUUUUUGCCAGACACGCCAGGCACCAGUACAGUACCUGGUUUUGUAAGCAAGCAUUCCAGGGAACCUCCUGCAUUUUCUCUGGAGUCUUCGAAAGGACAGAUGUGGUGCAAGUGAUAACUUCCAGACGUUGUCAGAGAGGUCUGUUUAUCUAGUAGCUAAACAGGUAGCAGCAGGUCUGGACUAUUUAUACUCCUACCACAGAAUUAUUCAUGGGGAAGCCGCAGCCCGGAAUGUAUUGAUCGGUUCAGGGCUCUCGGUCAAAGUCUCUGGAUUGGAUUUGGCUUUAAAGAGUCGACAGUCGAGAAUGGUGGACAAUGAACAAGAAGCCAAUGUGCCGGUAAAAUGGCAGGCACCUGAACGGAUGACGAGGCUUCCCCUAACAGACAGGAGUGAUGUACGGUCCAUUGGAAUCCUGCUUUAUGAGAUGAUAACCCUGGGGUCUCCUCCCUAUCCUGACCUGGAUUCAUCUGAAGUGCUGCCAAACACUUUAGCCAAUUACCAAAUGAAAAGACCAGAAAACUGUGGAGCCCCAUUGUAAGCCUUUAUAUUUGUCUAUUUUAUUUUACAAAACAUGUAAAUAGUUGUUUUGCACCUCUUUGAACAGCAAGUUUUCAAGAAAAUCUAAAUUAUAUAAACUGACGUUUGAACAGCAAAUGGACUUCUGUGAAUACAGGAGGAAAGCAGGACUGCCUCCAUGAGCUCCUUCAGAGAACUGUCAAUUGAUUGUUUCUACAAUUGACACAGGUCAUUCCCAGCUUAUUUGUGUAGCCAUGUCAUGACGAGCACAAUGUCACUAGAGGUCACCCUGUUUCUUAGAUCCAUUGCAUUGUGGUCAUCUGAAAUUAAUCUCAACGUUUCCAAAAAAUAAAAAAUAAGUAAUAAUAAUUGUUACUAAUGUCAAAUCGAAAAUAUAAGAAACUUUCUAAAUCUUUAUUUUACUUUCUGUUUUUGAUUAAAGUGGUAUUUAUUUAUCUUAAGUAGGGUGACUACAUGGCCUUUUUCCCCCAGGCAUGUGGUGGCAGGGAUUUCCAAAUUUCCUAAAAAGUGUUAAGUUUUGACUUUGUUUUCCUGCUGACAUGUUCUUUACAGACAUAGACCCAGACAUUUUAGGUAAUUUAGAAAUCCCAGCCAGGACAUGCACGGGAAAUAGAGGACGUAUGGUCACCCUGUCUAGUGCUAAGUUGUGACAGAUUUAUUGGUAACAAUAGAGAGGGGUAUAAAAAUAAAAAUGAUAAGCCUACUCAUGUUCAAGUAUAUGGUACUAUGC